AUGACAUCCUCAGCCCCGACACUUCCACAACCACCAAAUAUUUCUGGCCUAAACCAUAUCCCCGCUCCUUCCCCCGAAUCAUUCGAUGCAGAGUUCGGCGGUCUCCUCCCUCCAGGCACAACUAUUCCCUCCUCCUGGGGCUAUACCCACUACUACAUCUUCAAACCCAGCUCUCCCCCAACUGGACGAAAUGUAAUUCUCGUCCACGGUGGUGGGACACCAGCUAUCGGCAUCGCACCAUUGGCCUUCGCACUCGCUGGGAAAGGGGAGAACGUGGUGCUUUACGAUACCUGGGGACAUGGCUUAAGUUCCACCCCGCUCGCGCCGCACACUCCUGCCUUGUAUCACCACCAACUGCUGGAGCUCCUCUUGCACUUCGGAUGGAGCAGUGCUCAUGUCCUUGGCUUCUCACUAGGGGGUGCGAUUGCAGCUAGCUUCACAGUCACUCAUCCGACAGCCGUGGAGUCCCUGGUCCUGGUCGCUCCUGCUGGGCUGUGGAAGAAGAGUGAUAAGAGUUGGUACGAUGCGUUUAUCGAAGAUGGGGGGUGGGGGCGUGAAUGGCUUGCUCAGAGGAAAAUCAUUGACGCUAUUGAGGGGUUGGAUGCGCGGCCUGUAGAGGGGUGGAAGGAGAGGCUGAAGAAUGGAGAAAUUGAUCCUGUAGCUGCGCAGAUUUGGCAGAUGAAGAAUCAUCGUGGUCAUGUAGCCAGUCUGGUAGGGUCGUUUAGGGGCGGUAUUGUUUUUGAUUUACACGAGACGUAUAGGGAGUUGUCGAAAAGUAAGAUGGAGACGCUGGUUGUGCUUGGUGGCGAGGAUGAGGUUUUUCCAAUGGAGAUGAUGAAGAGGGAAUUACUAGAGAGUGUACAGUGGAAGAAGGGGAUGAAGGUUGUGGAUAGAGCGGGACAUGAGAUCGUGAGGAGUCAUAUAGGAAAGGUUGUGGAGAUUGUGGAGGAGUUUUGGGGUGGUGAGGAGGCUAGGAAAUGA